UAGUAGUAUCUUUCUUUCCUCUUUCACAUUUCUCUUCCCUCACCGGUCCCCGAUUACACCUCCGACAAAAAAUGGCCGACGACACAGAAAAACCAAAAUCCGACGCCGGCGCCGAAUCCGAAUCCGAACAUGAGCCCGAAGCUAAAGCUUUACGACUCAAAACCCUAGCGGAGCAGAAAUACAAUUCCGGCAACCUAAAAUUAGCUCUCAAAUACGCAAGACGAGCUCACCGUCUCAACCCUAACCUCGACGGCGUUUCCGAAAUGCUCACUUCCUUCAAAAUCCUCCGUACAUCCACUAUUAACACCGUUAACACUUCAAUUCUCCCUGACUACUACAAAAUCCUCCAAAUUGAACGGUUCUCACACAUAAACACCAUAAAAAUACAGUACAAAAAGCUAGCCCUAACCCUACACCCUGAUAAGAACCCUUACGUGGCAUCAGAGGAGGCGUUUAAGCUUGUUAACGAAGCGUUUAGGGUUUUAUCGGAUAAGAGCAGGAGGAAGGAGUAUGAUGUGAAACUUAGGGUUUCUAUGCAGUCGGAUUUAAUGGCUGAGGAGGGUAGUGAAACGGGUGAAACGACGACGUUUUGGACGGCGUGUUCGGGGUGUAGAUUGUUGCAUCAGUUUGAUAGAAAGUAUUUAGGGCAUAAUUUGAUGUGUCCAAGUUGUAAGAAAAGUUUCGAGGCGAUUGAGGUUGAAGAAAAUAGUGAAAAUUUAGGGGUUUCUGAAGGGACAAGAGUGAGUGCUAGGAUUAAGGCUAGGAAAAGUGUGAAUUUGGGGUUUUCAAGAAAUGGGGAGUUAGGGGUGAAGGGGAAAAUGGGGAACGUUGGUGAGGUUUUGAAGAGGCCGAGAGGAAAAAUGAUGAGAAGUGUUGAUGAAAAUGGUGUUGGUGAUAAGGGUGUAAGGGCAAAGAGGGCGGCGAAAGUAAGGGAUGUGGACACGGAAGGAGAUAUUGAGAGCGAUGAUUGUUUGAUUGAAGGGUUGAGGUCGAGGACUAAGGGUAAGGUGAGAAUUGGUGAUGGAACUGAGGUUGUAGGGGCAAAGAGGACGGUGAAAGUAAGGAAUGUGGACAUGGAAGGAGAUGUUGAGAGCGAUGAUGGUUUGAUUAAGGAGUUGAGGUCUAGGAGUAAGAGUAAGGUGAGGAAUGUAGGUGAGGGGGAGGAAGAGACAAUGACAUUAGCUGAGAUGCAAAUGUUAGUAAAAAAGAAGGUGAACAAGGAAAAGGUGGAGGUAGGAGAGAAGAGGAAAGAAAAGGCGGAGAUUGAUAAGGCAGUUAAUUUUAAUUUAACAGAAAAGGUAAGCGAGGAAAGAAAGGAGACAGAUUUGAGUUUCAAAGACGAGGAAGAUGAAGUGGAAAUGGAGAGGCUGAUUGCGAGAGUGAGAGAGAAGAGGGUGAGGCGUGAGUCGUUAAAGGGGGAUGGUUUGGAGCAUGGAGGAAAAGGAAGGGAUUUAGAUAGAAAGAGGGGUGGUAAAGGGUCAAGGCAGGAUGAUUUGGAGAUAGUGGCGGAGAAUGAAAAGGAGGAGAAUGAGAAGGCGAUGGAGUUCAAUUUAACGGAAAAGGAGAGUGAAAAAAGAAAGGAGACUGGAUUGAGUUUGAUAGAAGAUGAAGAUGAAGUGGAGAUGGAGAAGCUUAUUGCGAGGGUGAGAGAGAAGAGGGUGAGGCGUGAGUCGUUAAAGGGGGAUGGUUUGGAGGAUGGAGGAAGAAGGGACUUAAGUAGCAAGAGGGGUGGUAAAGGGUCAAGGCAGGAUGCGGAGAUAAUGGCAGAAAAUGAGAAGGCGAUGAAGUUCAAUUUGAUCGAAAAGGAAAGUGAGAAAAGAAAGGAGACUGAUUUGAGUUUGAUAGAAGAGGAAGAUGAAGUGGAGAUGGAGAAUCUUAUUGCGAGGGUGAGAGAGAAGAGGGUGAGGCAUGAGUCGUUAAAGGCGGAUAGUUUGGAGGAUGGAGGAAGAAGAAGGGUUUCAAGUAGGAAGAAGGGUAAAGGGUCUAGGCAUGAAGAAACUGAGCAGAAUAAGAAGGGAAUGAAGUUUAAUUUAGCGGAAAUGGAAAGUGAGAAAACAAAGGAGACUGAUUUGAGUUUGAUAGAAAAGGAAGAUGAAUUGGAGAUGGAGACACCGAUUGCGAGGGUGAGAGAGAAGAGGGUGAAGCAUGAUUUGUUAAAAGGGGAUGGUUCGGAGGAUGGAGGAAGAAGAAGGGUUUCAAGUAGCAAGAGGGGUAAAGGGUCUUGGCAGGAUGUUUUGGAGACAAUGGCAGUGGAAACUUUUGAUCUUUAUAAUUUUGACAAGGAUAGAGUAGAGAGGAGUUUCAAGAAAGGACAAGUAUGGGCUGUUUAUGACGAUGAUGGAAUGCCAAGGGACUAUGCUUUGAUUGAUGAUGUUAUUUCUGUGCAUCCCUUUGAGGUGAAAUUGAGUAGGUUGGAGUUCCAAAGUAAUAGUGAUGAGGCACUGCUACAUUGGGGGAAAAUGGGUUUUCAUAUUUCUUGUGGGAAGUUUAAGGUGUCUACGCAUGCUUUGGUUAAAUCUUUGAAGAAGUUUUCACAUGUUGUUGAUUGUGAAAGAGCAGCAAGAGAGUUGUAUAGGAUUUACCCCUCGAAAGGUUCAAUAUGGGCAUUGUAUAAAGAGAAUGCUUUAGGUGCUGGCAGCAGGACUCUAAUGGUUGAGGAUAAGCAAUCUUAUGAUAUUGUUGUAUCUUUGAGUAGUUACACUGACUUACAUGGCGUGAGUAUUGCAUAUCUUGAAAAAGUUGAUGGGUUUAGGACGCUUUUCAAGAGGAGAGAGAUUGGGGCUCAUGCUGUUAAGUUGUUAGGGAAGAAUGAGCUUGGGUUGUUUUCGCAUCGGAUUCCUGCAAGGAAGCUAUCUGAUGAAGAAGCCUCAAACAUCUCCAAGCACUGUUGGGAAGUGGAUCCUGCUUCAUUGCCUCACAAGUUCCUAGCUAUUUGGGGAAGUUAAAGUGUAUGCAUAUCAGAUCGAAAUGGACUUCUUGCACUCAGCUAUUACCUCUUGAGAUCCAUUUUAGGUAAAAACGUUGGCCUAGAUGUAUGGGGAAAGUUGGUCAAAGUAGUCCGAGAAGCAUAGGACGCAGCACGUAGAAAAAAGCACCAAUGUCUCCAGUCAAGCAGUGGGAGCAAGUGGUGGAUCGAUACCGGAGUAGUGAAGACAGUUUCCUGAGGGACUUCAUUUGUCCCCCUUCAGAUUUUGGAGACUUUCACUUCUUCUCCUUGAAUGUUAAUUGUUCUUAUUGUAGCUUGCCUUUGAUGGUGGAAAUUGGUUCUUUUAGAGGAGCAUAUGUAACAUUUUAGUACUUGUAAUUGUGUCUAUCGAUUUUCUUACUCUUAGCGAGUCUCCUGGAGCAAGAGACCACCUUAAUGGUCCUGUAAGUUUGGGGUGACAUUAACCUGGUCUGUACAUCUGAUACAUACGAUAAAUAGUCCUCUGUGUUGCAAAAGUGAGGUUCACUUUUAGUCAACCCUAGAUAGAAAUGUUAUACAGCAGUGGGACCGCAUGCCUGAAUUUUGUAGUUACUGAAAUGUACAAGGCUUUCAUCUUCCAGAUCAGAUGAUCAUCAAAAUGACAAGGCUUCACAUGAUUUCUCUUUAUUUUCUCCUUUUGUAGGUCAAUCGCUCUUAUGUUGUCACAUUUACUCAAGAAAUAUAUCAUUUGAUCAUCUCUUCAUCGGUAUUGGAUUAAGCAGGAUAGCGAGCUUCUCAAUAAGAACUGCAGACUCAGAUGAGUCCACCAAAUGUGGCAAUAGGAAAGAACUAGCUAGCUGCAUCAAAUAGUGGAAUUCUUUUGCUGCUUUUCUUGGAGAAGGGAUUGGUAAACUAAAGAAAGUUUCAAUGUGUUUUCAGCAAAAUCCUUCACAACUGGUGUGAUGAUUUCCUUUUAUGAACUAAUUUCAUUAAAGUGGAAAAAUUUCCCGUAUUCAAGAAGUAUACCAGAAAGCGUAGAGAAGUUAUCCAAAAAGUAUGAUUCUCUACAAAUUGCAUCCAAUCUUUAUGCAGACAGAACCUCACUGGUGCACAAAAAAAUGGGUUGCUACUCCAUAUAACCCUCCUACUCCAACAAAUGUGUUUUCGUGUAUGUAAUAUAUUCUAUGAGUAGAAAGACUUUUGGAGUGCAUGAUUAAAGAGUUGGUUUAAGUUCUAAGUCAGCUGGUAAGAAAUACUAUACCAACUAAUAUUUCCAGUUGUUACAAUGAUUACUAUAUUGAAUAGAUAUACAUUCUUUGUUAAAAUU